AGAACAAUUGAACUGUACGACAUGGCAUGGAAGGAUGAAAUUGACAUCACAAAAUAUCAUAUCGCUGCAGCACCUUAUGGAGGGCCAAUAGGUAAAUUGUGAUUUUUGAUACCAUUUGCAGUUAUAUAUAGUGCGAUUUACAGUAUGCGAAAACUAACAUGGACCUCCCGGCUCCGUUUAGACCUUAAUCUGGGUUGGAUCUAAACUUUAUCAAUCUGGUUUCUAUCUGGGUUAGUUUGAAUCCUAUACUUGUUUUCGUAUUGAAAAUCUGGCCGCGCCUAUCUAAAAUAGGAGAAUUUAGUGGUUCGUGAAAAAAAGAAGAAUCCAGUCUUUAAUUAUCAUCCUUUUUCUUCAGACUCCAUAUAUUCAUCUAUCCAACAUGAAAGCGGGGGAAAGUUAUUCCGCUGGUAUACGUACUGUAUACACCUGGGGCAGGUUGCAGCUUUAUACGAAACGAGUAUUCAAAUUAUGGGAUCGGUUGUUUAAAAUCCGGUUGGCUUAAUCCUAUGUUAGCGAAAACUGCAAAACUACUGGUCAUCACUACACUUCUUUCCUACACUUUCGGUCCCAGGGGCCGGUUGUUCAAAACCCGAUUAGCGCUAACCCUGGGUUUUCGCUAAUUUAGCUUUGAAUCACCGGUCAUGCACGUGGUUUAUUAGCAGCACUGUUUUUUUCACCAUCAAUAUCUUCAGCAGGGAAAUUUUUAUCUUGCUUGAAAAUUCACUUUUUUUAUUUGCUCAUCUCCGUAGCUCUUUUAAAGAAACAGAUGAGAUUGUCUGGCGCCAAACCUCUCAUUUAUAUCUACUCUGCAGCUGGAAGACUCAUGGCGAAUGCAAAUGUAAGUUUAAAUUAGGCUUUCUCACGCUCGGUUUAUCCGCCAUUUCUGGAGUACUGCCUCUCCCAAGUCUGAGAGUGCACGCACCGCAAAGGCGACUUUUUAUCACUGUAGUUGUGUGUAUGAUAAAUUUACAGUUACAUCUUUGAAAUGUCACACAUUAUCUACAGUCUUUGACGAGGGAAGACAGUACCACAAAACUGGUGGACAUUGGCCCGCGUGAGAAAGGCUAGUUAUACACUGUAAGACGUUUCCAACUUAUUAACUAUAGCAAUAUGUGCUGAUGCGCCCUACUUUGUUAUUUACUGUGUCUGACACCAGAUACUUUUACUUGCCAUUGGGAAAGUGCUAGACAAGUUGAACCAGGCAGUCUGCCCAUGUAUCCCUCUACAGUAGUUAAAUCGUUAACUUUUUUCACCUCAUAUUUUUUUUAUUUUGCACUGUCGAACACCGGACAAUUUUACUUGUCAGGGGGAGUGUUUACAUUUAAUAAUGGAAUAAAUUUCUGAUUUGACAGAAUUUUGUAACUGAGUUGUAAUAAGCAUGCAUUGGCACUCUCAGAUUCUUGGUAAUUUUUACCAAAGGUCCAUAUGGGAUGGGGAUAACACAUGUACCCAUUUUUUUAAACAUGUAUAGUGGGAAGGAGUAAACCUUGUUCAAAUGGGAUGGUCAGUCUUUGAAGACUUGCUAUGUGUUGCCGAAGAUGGAACGAUUUCCGUCUAUACUCUUUCUGGGGACUUUAAAAGAAUUAUUACAAUGGGGCAGGUACAGUACAUGACUUUCUUAUAUUCCAUUAUGUGCUGCAAUGAAAUAUCAUUGGUAAUCUUGUAAAAGUCAUCACGCGUCUGCAAAUUACUAUGCAAAAGGAUAUAUAUUGUGAUUCCUUCCUGUAUACCAGAAAAUGGUAUAAACUUUACCAAGUCCAAGACUUGAUCGCGAGACGAUUUUCUCACACGUACGAAAGAUCAGCUGAGACAUGUGGUGCCGUGAGUAUAAAUUCACUUGCGCCUAGAAUUUUCCCGUUGUUGUUGAGCUUUAUUUCAUCAGAAGCAUCUAUCAAUAGUCAAGAGCUGGAUUCGAACUCGCAUCUUGGGGGUUCUAGACCGCAGCUAUAAACCGGAUAUUUAGCACAAUUUAGCAAUGGACCUCAUAGGGAUUGGAACGAGUUUUAUCGAAUGAUUUUUCAUGCUAACUGUUUUGAUGGGUCCCAUCAUAAUACGCAGACACAUAUACGUAGACAAGAAAUAAUCACUUCCAACCCGUGAAACGACUAGCACUUCUUUCGUGAGAUUAUUGAAUGUGAUUCUAACACACGCUUGGCGUUCCCCUCCACUGAUAUAAUUCAAAUUCUCGCAUCAGCCAUCCAAAUUCAUCAAUGUAGUCACCAUUCUCGUAAACCCGAACACCGUGACCAGAAUCUUCUAUAGCACUUGGUAUUUGUUACUUGUUAGUAAUUGUAAUCAGUGAAAACUCCCAUAGUUUAAUUAUUCCUUCGUUUUUCUUGUAGAAUACUACCUCACUGAACAUGUCUUUGUAACUAAACAAAACAAAUCCAUUAGGAGCCCGAGUCAUUUUCUUUGUUAUACUCGAACGACUGCCCAGAACGGAUUCUUGAGAUAAAUUUUCCUUUGAUUUGAAAACCUCCAGCUCGCACGGACACGUCAAAGUAGUGUCAAAAUUGUCAAUAUAUACACAGUGUUGUGUGUUUUCAAUUUAGGAAGCAAAAGAAUCAAAAGUGAUUGACUGCCGAUUCUUCUCCAGUUCAAUGGGGUUUGGUAUUACCAUAUUAACAGGUCGUUAUCAUUUUUAUACCAUCAAUAACUUGGAAGACAAGAGGAUACGAAAAUUAGCCAAUCCUCCUGGUUAGUUGCAAUAUUAUACGUUUGUUUUCCAACUUUUUACAGUGUAUAGUGGUAAAGGAGGGUUUCUGAUCAUAAUUUCGCCUUCCACUUUGACUCUACCAUUUAAGGUUACAGAACACCUUUGAGCGUUAAUUUUGCCUAAAAUUUUUUUAUUGGUUUCUAUGAAAGCAUUAGACUAGUUCUACUAUCUGACCAAGUUUGGACGGAAAAUGUUGAAAACUCGCAGAGUUAUUUAAUAAAAUACAUUUCGCUGCAAUAAGAAAAACAUUGAAAAUGUAAUAUUCAAAUUCAAUUUUCUCCCGAAAAAUGUUACAGUAAUUACUGAUUUUCAAACGAGUUGUGCUCCUGCGGGUUUUAACCAAAUUUUCUCAAAUUUUCACAGGACAUAGCUGAAGACGUCAGUUUUAAAAUUGUGUUCGGCUUUUUUUUAAUUUUGGAUAUUUUAAAAAUAAAGAGCAAUUGACUCAAACAAUUCAGAAAUAUAUUGCAGUCGUCAAAGAAAUCGCCAUAUCAGCGGAAUGACGAAAUAAACAAAAAUUUCCGAACACAAUUUUUUAGAACAACUAUUUUGCUGUAUAAAAAUGAUAUUUUCAUAAAUAUAACUUAAAACCAGCAGGAGCACAACUCAAAAGCGUAACGGUACCGCGAUUUAAGAUUUUCCUAAAUAAUUCUUACAUUAUUUUAUUGUUUGUUAAUUUUACAACUUUACCAUAUUUUGCAUGCACUGGAGAACAUUUGGUAAAAAUUUGAUGAAAAUCGGACUGAUAUUGAGCGCGCAGUAGCGAUUUUCCGCAAAACGCCAAAAAGGGUGUCCUGUAACCUUAAACAUCGCUGAGUUUCUCCAUGCAGGUAUUCUGAUUUCCUGUUUUGGUAACACUAGAUCAUUUACAGAUGGACCUUACUGGAUCUCCAGGAAGAGCAACCCAGUGAACUCUCAUCCUCGUUCCCAGGGCUUCUCGGCUGCCUGCGUUGAACUCUAUGUAAACUGGAAGGCUAACUCAGGGGGGGGGGAGGGAUUGAAGCCAGUGCAUUUUAGUUUUUCUGAGUUAUGAGCAGAAAUACUCAACACUGAACGUUUUGCUGUAUAUGAAACUGAAGCUACUGAAAAACGCUAUUUGGUGCAUAGGCAGCCCAGUGUUAUGGUUGCCUGCCUGCGCGUGGGCGAGGCAUUGUGGCAUUGGGCCAUUGUAUAGUUGUAUUAUUUCCUUUAUGUGACGAAAUAAUACAACUAUACAAUGCCUCGCCCGCGCGCAGGCAGGCAACCAUAACAUUGGGCUGCCUAUGUUUGGUGUAGAAUAGCCUGCGAGCAGGCUCUGCCUGCUCGCAGGCUAGGUGUAGAAAUGUCAAGACUUUAGCUAAAAUGGAAUUAUUUAAAAACUACAAAAAUAAUUGCCGAUAAUUUGCUAUUUUUUGCCGAAUGGCAGUUGUAUUUGUAUUUUUAAAAUAUUUUUCUUUUGGCUGAAGUCUUAAAAUUUUCACACCGAAUUUUCAAUAGCUUCAGUUUGAUAUAUAGCCCAACGUUUGGGAUCAAGUAUUUCUGCUCAUAACUCAGAAAAACUAUUUUGGCUUCAGCAAAUCAUAGGCUUUAAUUUAAUGUAAUUUAAUUUAAUUUUUUUUUAAUUUAAUAACUUUGCCGUUACAUAAAUUACAAAUUCUGGCAGGGUUCCCACAACAGCAUAACGCCAAUUACUGCGGGCCCAAUAAUAAUAUCUAACAAACAAUGACAAAUUAACAGUUAGACAACUAAACAAGUAUGCAUGCAAACCAACAAACUUACGUUCUAUAACGCACUACAAAAAAUUAAUGUAUUAAUAACAGCAAGACGCUGGAAUUGCAAGACUACGCACAGAGUUGCAUGUAUUAUAGGAGUUAGCGUUCCAGUUCACAUACAGUUCCCUGGAGCAACCUGGUACUCAGGGUCUUCAUCUCCGCUAGCCCCCGAGCCAGUUUAAAACCGUUAGAGAUAUAUGUAUAAUCAGAAAGCUAGAUUUGUAUAACUAUAAAUGAUAUACGGGACAAGAGGGUGUAUUCAACUACUCAUUAUCUUUUCCAAAAUAUUUUGGCCACCAAAACCCCAAGUCUCAUAUCGUAUGUCAACCACAUAUAGAAGUUUCAGUGAGGAAAACCAUUUAUACAUGUUUCACCUGGAAUGUUUAGAAAAAGACCUAUAGGAAACGAUGAUCUGCUGUUCUUGCUCUUGCAUUAUUUCACAAUCUUGCUUGGUACUAUAACUGAUAAAUAUGAACCGUGUACGAAAUAAUAUUUCUAGUAAUGUUACUGUUAAUUACACCCCUCUUGCAACAGAUCUUUUGAGCCAAAAUAUUCACCAGGUUUUUCCUCAUUUUUAACCAGGUUUAAUUAAAAAUCUCAGUAUGUCAAAAUCUAGAGGGUGUCAGAAUAUACAACUUAUCAAGUCCUAAAUAGAAGUAACACUUGAAUUCUCGCUUAAACCAGUUCUCCACAACAAGCACUUAGGCAUCGCCGCGAGAAAGUAGGGUAGUCUGAUUUUCUAGCUAUAUGGUUUCAGCAUUUCUUUAUUAUUAAAGCUUUAUUUAAUUCUAGGAUUGUCCCUUUAGCGUCCCGAGGAACACUUUUAUCACUGGGAGCUCUGAAAGCCGUAGGACUACUGUUGCAAAUAUUUUUUAAUUCUGUAGGUCUUAAUGCUCCACCCAGUAGCUGGAUAACAAUACCUGAAGAUAGAGGAUCUCGUGUUUUGGUCGCAGUUGAGAGUUUUCUAUACUCCAUUGCAAAUGAUAAUGUAGAAAAAUUAGUAAGUCAUGCUUUCUUUUACGGAAAGUACAGUAUAUAAAGUGUUUUUUGAAGAACACGCGACCACGCAUUUGAAAGAUACAAAAUAAGUCGAGCAAAGGCCCUUUAUCAGGAGAGUAUAGGUAGGGAGAUAUAGAUGAAUUCUUUCUAUGUUUGCAGUAAUAAAUAUAAUUCGUUUCGGUUUGUGGAAAACACCACGUAUAUUUAUUAUCCAAAGCUCUCGAUACGUAAGCCAGGGUCUUCUUCAAUAAAUCUGUACUAAAGUGUUUUAGUUCUUAUGAUUUGACUUUUUUCGUUCAUCUUUUAUAGACUCCAGAAAUGAGCGAGCAAGUUAAUUCUUUUACAGAGAUGGCGCUAUCAGUGAAUAAUAAAUAUCUAGCACUUUAUGCUGAUACUGGCCUAGUGUGGAUUGGAUCCUCUGACUUGAGAGUAAGUUAACCAUUUUGACUCCACUCUGCAUCGGAGGUUCCAACACAACUUUAUAUAUCAAAUACACUCUUCUCCUG